AAAUUUGUUCUUUAAAAAAUUCCUUUCUUUAAAUUGAGUGUUUUUAUAACAAAAUAUGGAUGAAAAUGAAGAUGAUAUGUCAGAAAGUAAUGAAGAUUCAAAUGUGGGAAGUAAUGAAAAACCCAUGCACUUAUGCUUGGGUGCUUUUACUGAUAGACAGAUACCUACCAUCAGAGGCCCUUUUUCUGCAGCUUCAACCAAAAGGAAAAUAAAAAAGAUGCGGGAUUUGGCUGAAGAACUCAGCAUUCAUGCGAAAGUUCAAACCAUCUUAUGCUAUGUAGCACCGAACAAAAAAAUUCCAACCAGAUUUUUAGAAUCUUUUGGAGAACAUGCUGAUGGGUUCUUGUAUUCCACAAAGCUGGGAGAAAAAGUUUACUCGACAUUAGAUACAGCUACUAAAACAUGGAUUGGACCUUAUUCUGGGAAAAAACCUGAAAAGAAACAUGUUACUAAGAAAACCAUGGAUUCAGUCAUUGAUGAAAAUGACAAAAAUACAACAGAAAUUGCAAGAAAUGAAGUUGCAAUUGCUGUAAAAAAGGCAGCUACAGUGAAAAGGCUGAAAUUGCUGGAAGAACAGAGAAAAAAGAAGAAUGAGAAGUUAGCAUCUGUGAAACCCAAAAAGCCGGUGAACAAAAAAUCAAAUCCAAUUCAAGGUCCAGUUACUUGUUCUCCCCCUCCAAAUUUGAUUGCGAAAAGCUCUGCAUGUUUACCAUCAGCACCAAAUAAUGUCACAUCAUCCCAGUCUUACACCCCACAGAAAAUUUGUUCGUCCAAUCUUUCAGUCAGUUUAGUGAAGGACCGAAUCAAUGAAGAUCCCAUUCACGGACAAGAUUCAAUUUGUGAAACGCCUAUUACUAAAAUCACAACUUCCGAAGAAAUUUCCCUUGUCUCCAUAGUAACUGACGAUGAAAAUUUGGCAAACGAUAACCCACUAUCUUUGUUAGAAAACCCUCUAGACAUAUUUGAAUUUUCUGUGGAUGAAGCAAUGGCACUUGACUCUCUAAGUCAACCGAAAAUUGUUUCCCCAGUGAGAUCUACGAAUUCCCUCGUGCCUUCUUUAAAGGCAAAUACGCACUCAAAUAUCAACUGUGAUAUUUCUACCAAAUUUUCAUUUCCUGCUAAGAGUUUACUCAAGUCAGUUGAGAAAACGAAGGAUUCGCCUAGCGAGACACGUCGUACCAAACAGAAACCAACUUGCCAAUCAGAAAGUUCGGAAGGUAUUAAUGGAGGUUUACCUUUAGAGAAAUCUAAGGUAAAGUGCUUUACGCACAACAUUUGA